AUGAAGAAAAUCAGUGUUUUCGCGUAAGUCAAUUUAUAAUGUAAACGUGGUUAAGAGUCCAUCUUGCUUGCUCUAUUUCAAGGAAUAUUUUUUGUAGUUGUUCCGCGCCGCGCCCGGACUAAAAUUUGUUCUAACAAGGAAAGUACUUUUAUGGGGGCUCCUACUUUUUGACGGGACAUAUCUCAAAAAAUCAGAAAAAGUGUGCUGAUCAAGGAUAUAUAAAUCUUAGCUGCCCAUUUUAGGUUUUUACGCCCAAGCUUGGGAACUACAGUCAGUUUCAUCGUAUAAAGUGUAAAAUCGCAGGCUGCAGCAGUUUUGUAAGGGUAAGGCGUACGUAAAAAAGAAGGUACCUCACUAACUAAAUCCGCUAUCCGGGAAUUGAAAACGAUGAAUUGAGCCGGAUGCUAAGUUUGGGCUAAUUAUGACCAGUUUCCGCAGUUAUAAGGCAACUUUUACCUAUUUUCUUGCCCAACUAAAAAGUUCAAUUUCUCCUCCUUACCUUGUUUAUUAAUUUAGCUUCGUCCUGCUGUCGGCCGUGAACGCGGCCAAUAAUCGCCCGAUCAGCGAACGCUUCUACGAAGGCAGUCCCAGCGAUCCGGACACCCCAAUCUCCUGCGAUUCGGACUCGGUGGUGUCGACCUCGAGCGAAAAAUGUCUCACCUACUAUUUCAACUGCCUCAAGCACAACGGCAAGUACCUGGAGGUGGGCGAUUCGAGCGAGGGCCGCCUGAUUUUCUUCGAACAGAACGGCCACACACUCGAAGAGUAUUGGGACACCCUGGCUGCGCUGAUGUACUCGUGCCUCUUCUUUCCCGACAGACCCUAUAUCCUCAAGCAAAAAGGAACGGCGUAAGUAAAAAACAUUUUUUUUAGUGAAAGAUUUUUUGGCAAAAGUUGCGCCGAUUGGCCAAAAAAAUGUAGCCUUGGAAAACUGAAAGCCGCACGACCUGCGGAGGACAUUUUCACGUCAAACUGAGGAGUCCGGUGACCGGAAUAGACUCUUCGCUAUCGGUUUUUUACACUUCGUCUGGAUUUCGCAGAGAAAGAGAGAAAAAAGACACGCAAAAACGUACUCUCUCGCCCCAAAAAUUCCCCAUUUCUUCCCCGACAAAACGUUUUUUCGAAAACUUAUGACGCUUUUUUCGUCUUUACAGAGAAAAUGACACUACUGCUUAAGCAAAAUUGUAAAAUUCAGAAAAAAUUGAUAUGAUUUUCGAAACCAGCGCCAUGGAAAACCUCCCCCACCCCUCGCCGCCCUCCUCUUUUUUUUAGCGGACCUUUCCGCAGCGGGCCUUUCCGUACUCAAUCAAUUUUGCGAUAUUUUUGAGCGAUUUUUUAUGGAAUUUCACCGUUUUUUUUUUUGAUAAUUCUAGGAAAAUCCGAAGUUCCUUAUUAUUAAAAAACCUGCCGGACAGUUUUUUUUUAUUUUUGGCUCGCCUAGUAGAAGACUAGCCAGAGAUGAGGCGGCUAGGAGAUUGACCCUGGUCUAGAAAAGGCCCCUCCGUUCGUAUGUAUUCUCCAUUUCAGACAAUUAAUGUUUGUGGAUUGCAUGACCCUUCGCAAGAAGGCAACAAACAAUCUCGAUAAUACUAAACAACUCUGUCAAUUCAAUCGUCGUCCUCUCGCCAAUAUCAAGCAGGCAGAUGUGAUGGCGGCCAAACUGGCGGAGACAGGCAAGUAUUUGGAAAGAGUUCCGAAGAUUGGCCACCACCCCGGAAGAUGAAAAGUUUAUGCGAGCCGUUUUUUCUCAAUCACACUUUUUGCAGGGUCUAUCAUAACCUUGAAGACAACAGGCAGCGCAACGAACUACGGUUUGUUCCCCUUCGACAGGGACUUUUUUGACUCCGUUGGGGAAGGUGAGUAUAUCAAGACGACCAUCAGAGAGCGCGGAGGCUGCGCAUAUUCGACAGACGGAAUUGGAGUGGAUCAGAAGGAUCAAGACGUCAGGAAAGCUGCCGACAAAUUCUGCAGAUUCGGUGCUGAUGGGCAGUUGUAAGUUGUGGAAGAUUUCGACUUAAAAGUCGGAUUAUUAGGGAGACCUGGCCGGUCAAUUUGAGCCAUCUGAGCAGUAGCGUGCCAGAUCAAAACCUAUCAAUUUUGCACUAUAUUUUUUUGGCUAACUUUACAAUGGAAAUGCCUCAAAUUUUGAUGAAACCUGGCACAAAUUUAGAAUAUUUUUUUCUCAGGCAAAUGCGAGACUCCUAGUUCGCGAAACGACCGAAAUUUUUUAGUCGGAAAAUUCUAAAAAUUUCAUUUCAAAAUUUUGAGGUCUAUGCGACAUUUUUUGGCUUGUAUUUUGCUAAAAUUACCGAAAUUUUUAGAUUAAAGAAUUUUCAAAUUUUCAAAAUUUUUUUCCGAAUUUUACCAUCAAAAACUUCAUGCCUAUUUCUCCCGUAGAAGGUAAUAUUUACAUUUUACUUGAUAUAGCCAAAAAGUGUUGCCCUCUCACCGCUCUCCGCGUUCCGCGUACUCUCUCGGCCGCAAAGAUUGUUCCAUAUCUCGGCUGUCCGUGCAAAGCACGAGCUAAAAUUUCCAGUAAUUGCUAUGUGGCCUAUUCCCGAAAAGUGCGAAAAAUUGAGACAAAAUCUGACUGUCUCACUUGAGGGUACUUCCCUUUGUUGGUUAUUGACCGGUCAAGGUCCCACAUUUUUUAAUUCUCAUUUUUUAUUACACAUAUUUUUAGAUCAUGUCGUGCGAAUCAAGGAAUAAACGCCUACGAAUACAAUCUCAAGAAUAUGAACCCUAAUCCUAAGUAA